AUGGCGUCUUCUCCGAUCAACGGAUCCACGGACGAGAUCCGGCAGAUCUUCGACAAGUUCGACAAGAACGGCGACGGGAAGAUCUCGUGCUCGGAGGUCGUCGACAGCCUGAAGGAGCUGGGCACCGCCGUCACCGCCGCGGAGGUCGAGUGCAUGAUCAAGGAGUUCGACAAGGACGGCGACGGCUACAUUGACCUGGACGAGUUCGUCGGAUUCAUCCAGAGCGGCGGAUUCGACGACCGCGGCGGCGGUGGAGGGAGCUGGAAGGAGCUGAAGGACGCGUUCGAUCUGUACGACAUGGACAAGAACGGGCUGAUCUCGGCGGGGGAGCUCCACGCGGUGAUGAAGAUGCUGGGGCUGAAGUCGAGCUUGGGCGAUUGCAAGAAGAUGAUCCGCCAGGUGGACCAGGACGGCGACGGCAGCGUCAACUUCGAGGAGUUCAAGAAGAUGAUGAGUAGCGGCGGCCGCGCUCCUCCGUCGGCGGCGUGA